UUCAAUCAUAUGAUUUUGACGUUUAAAAUAUAAACACUCUCCAAAUGGUAACUCAAGAAAUGCAUCCAAAAGAAACUGAAAAUAACGGUGAAGAAAAUACGAUUGAAGAUGAAGAAAUGGAUGAGGAUUACGAAGAUAUGACGGAAGAAGAGUUUAAUUCGAUAAAUAGUCAAUUGGAUGAGUUAAGCUCGGCGUUGGAUGAUAUGGAGCAAAAAAACGAUGAUAUCCACGCCCAGUUGUUAGAAUUACUCGAAGCUAAUCGAGCUGUUAGAAAGCAAAUGCAAGAACAGACUGGAACUACAAAGGAUAGUAGUAAAAAUGAAUAGAAAUAUGUUAAAUUUUGGUGUGUUUGUAGUUUAUAGCCUUAAUCAUUCCUACUGCGUUUUUCAACAGUAUUUUAUUUGUUAUAAAUGUGUUGUUGAUUGAAUUAAAAUAUAUUUUAAAGAAUA